CUCAUCCCUUGGUCAAUUCCCAAUCCUUCAUCUUAACAAAUUACUUUUCGCGGACCUACUUGCGCCCAAAAUGUCUGACGGAGUCACCAACCCUCACACUGAGGAGUCCUUUGCUGAGAGCAAGGGCAAGGGAAAGGCGGUUCAGGACGAGGUUCCCCACGACACCGCCAUGGAUGAGGAUGACGAUGAGGACGACGAUGAUGAAGAUGAUGACGAUGAGGAGACUGCUGAACCAGAUGAGGAUGGUCUGGAGGAAAUUGACCUGAACAACAUUGUCGAGGGUGGACGCCGCACUCGUGGUGCCCAGAUUGACUACGCCAGGGCCGCUGAGCAGACCCCCAUGGAGGACGACGACGAGGAUGAGGAUGACGAGGACUUCCAGCCUGCCCAUGAGGACACCGAGAUGGAUGGUUAAGCAAAUGCGCCCCUUUGGCUUCCGGUGCUGUUGGAUGGCUGACAAGUCUACGAUGUUAAUGUUUAUGGGUUCACCAAGGUAUCAAAGGCUCGGGUGACGGGGAGGGGAGUUGGGCUUCUAUCGAGCGGGAUCCGAGUGUCUUUGCCGAUGGUCAUGUAACGACGAAAAGUCUCUCUGUUUGCUAUUUAGCUAGGCGUUAUUUGCCACCCUGUGUUGGGGGAGAACAGAGAUGUUGAAAACUGC